AUGCAGUUGAACAAGUGUAUCCUGGUGUAUCAUGGAGUUUGUCUUUAUCAUUUGAAGCAAAAUCUAAGGACUAAGUUUAGGAGAUUACAUGUGCAUGCCAUAUUUGAAACUGCUUCAAGAGCGUACUCAGCUCAAGAAUAUUAUUCUGCCAUGGCUGAAUUACAGAAAAUUAGCCCUGAAAUGACCACUUAUCUUUUGGAAGCAAAACCAGAAAAAUGGGCUCGGCCAUUCUUUCCGACGAAAAGGUAUAACAUUCUUACAAGUAACAUUGCCGAAUCUAUAAAUGCAGCAAUUGUGCAUGCGAGAGAAUUGCCUAUAAUGUCGUUAAUAGAAGCUAUAAGAGAGAUGCUUCAAAGAUGGUUUUCAACAAGAAAAGAAGCAGCAAUCAACCAAUUUGUUGAGGUGACAAAAUGGGCAAAUGAUGAAAUAGAGAUCAAACUUGAUGUGGCAUUUCGAAUGAAGGUAGAUGCAAUGAAAUCUAGUGUCACAUAUGGUGAUCAAGUGUUUGUUGUCGACUUGGAACAACAUAUGUGCACAUGUAAUGAAUUUCAACUAGAGGGAAUUCCAUGUGCACAUGCUAUUGCAACAAUUGAAAGCAAGUACUUGGACAAGUACAAAUUUUGCUCAAAUUGGUAUAAAAAUUCUGUUUUGAAACAGACAUAUGCAGGAUCAAUUAAUCCUCUUCCAGAUAAAGUUGAUUGGAGUGUCCCAGAUGAAAUUAAAGGAGAUAGCAUGAAAGCUCUAAAAUUCAAAGUAAAACAAGGACGUCCCAAGAAAAAAAGAAUUCCGUCAACAGGAGAAUUUCCCAAGCAUGUUCGAACAGUCAAGUGUGGAAAUUGCGGAACAUUGGGACAUAAUAGAAAGAAUUGUAAAAGCCAACCAAUUCUAAAAGAAGGAUAA